UCAGAGGCGGCCAGUGCAGGCUCGGCCAAUCGAGCGCACCAGUGGGCGGGGCUGCCGAGCCUUUCGAUUUGGCGGUUUGACUUCAAUAUGGCUGAAGCCAACAGCCUCGAUGAGGCAGCGGCUGAGAAAAAGCCUGACGGACCCUCUCCGGAAUCCGUGCCACCAGGCACGACCUUUUCACGAGUGAAGCUCCUCGACACCAUGGUGGACACUUUUCUCCAGAAGCUGGUCGCCGCCGGGAGCUACCAGAGGUUUGCCGACUGCUACGAGCACCUCCACCGGCUGCAGCCAGAGACGACCCAGCGGAUCCACGACAAGUUCAUCACUCAGCUGCAGGCAUCCAUCCGGGAGGAAAUCUCAGAAAUCAAAGAGGAAGGGAACCUAGAAACUGUCUUGAACUCCUUGGAUAAAAUUGUGGAAGAUGGCAAGAACCACAAGGGGCCGGCCUGGCGCCCCAGUGGGACCCCCGAGAGAGACCUGUGCAGCGUCCUGGCACCCUACUUCCUGCAGCAGCGGGACACCCUCCGACGCCAUGUGCAGAAGCAGGAGGCCAGGAACCAGGAGCUGGCCGAGGCCGUGCUGGCGGGGCGCAGGCAGGUGGAGGCGCUGCAGCAGCAGGUGCAGGCCCAGCAGCAAGCCUGGCAGGCCCUGCGCAAACAGCGGCGAGAGCUGGCGGCCGUCCUGAUGGAGCCCGAGGGAGGGGCGGCCAAAGCAGAGGGCUGUGACUGGCACGCUGGGCCCUAACCCAGGACAGGUGGCAUGUGCCCGUGCCAGGCGGAGCAGGCUGGUGUACCCUCCCUCUCCGGAUGGCUCCACUGCCCUCCGGGUGCACAGUGCAGGCCCACACUGUCCCCCACCCUGGCCUGGGCCUGUUUUCAGUCUCCACUGAUUGCUGUCUUGCUGGCCAGCCCAGGGGCCCUCGCCAGGUUCUGCCCACAUCUGUAAAUAAACUUCCGCCAUCA